AUAGCGGAGGAAUGUGCGCAUGCGCUGCUUUCUCAGCUGUCUGGUUGUUGACAAUUUUGGUCAAUUCAUUUUGCCAUUCUGGUUCCAAUGUUGUGGUUGCUGUAAUAAAGUGAUGCAUUCCUGGGGAGAUGCCCAUGUGGGGAGAUCAUCGAUGGAAUCGUCAUAAAUUUAUGUCCCCGGUCUGAACCAUGUUGAAAUGGUUUUCCAAUGAUGAGGGAGAGUCUGGCUCAGGAGCCCCAGGCUCUCCCUAUGGAGGCAUCUUAAGUGGAGAGGUUCAAGCUGAAGAAAUGACAGACAGACUUGUUCAAACUCAGCAGCUCGUCACACAGCUGAAAGAGUUGAUUCGGGAGAAGGAUGCAGUACUUUGCACCAAGGAUGAGCAGCUCAAGAUGGAGAAGGAGGCAUGUGAAGCGAAACUGUCAAAGCUGCGUCUCCAAAACAAGGCCAAGGUGACGUCUCUUACGACACAGCUAGAAGAACUGAAAAAACAAAUGGGAGGCCAAAAUACACCCACACACAACAAAAAGGGUCCAUCAGAAGGAGGGGAUCCAGCUUCUCGGGGGAAAAUUGUCUUGCUGAAGAAAAAAGUUGAGGAGCUAGAACAACACCUGGCACAAAGAAAGAAGGAGGUUGAAAAGAAGAGGAAAGAGGUAGAAGCACAGCGUCUCCGAGGUGAAGAAAUGGAUGUGAUGCUGACAGAGAAGGACAGGAAGCUAGCAGAGAAGGAGGCCUACAUUAUUCACUUGCAAACAGCAGUGGCAGGAGACCAGCCCAUUACACCAAAGCGGCAGAAGGUAGAUGAAGACAACGGAGCGAUGCAGGAACUUCAGCAGCUGGUGCAGAACCUGACCAAGAAGGUUGGAGAAGCAGAGGAACGCUAUAGUUUGCUCCAAGAGCAGACAGACAGCCUCAAAGAGCUUCUGGACACAGAGAAGGGGCAGUUCAGUCAGAAAGAGAGAAUGUACAAGCAGAAUAUUCAAACUUUCAAAGAGAUAAUCAUCCAGAAAGAUAAUCAGCUGACUGAAAUCAACCAGAUGCAUGAACAGGAGCUCUUCAAACUUGCUGCAAAGUCUGAUGCCAGUGCUGAUCUUGAGCAGCUUCUGAAGGCUUUAAAACAGAAACUGCAUGAGAAAGAGGAGGUGCUGAUUGGAAAAACACAGGUCAUUAAUGUUCUUCAGACAGAGGUGGAUGGCAGGGACCAGCAGAUAAAGGAGCUAACAGAGCGGAUUCGGAGACUACACGUUGAACGAGAGAGCCUUGAAUCCAAAAUGGAGGCAGAAAAACAUGUGAUGCGAGCCCAACUUCGCGACCUGAUUGACAAGCAGCAGGUCGAGAUUCGACAAAUGACAGAGAAGCAUCGGGCGCAGUUGAAUCAAACUCAGCAGGAUCUUCUCUACCAGAUUGAUGAUCUGAGAAGAAAUGCAGUCACGUCGCAAUCUGUCGAUCAGGAGGCUCCAAAAACUGAAAACAUAUCUGACGAUUCAGCCUCUGUCCAGAGGAUCGCAGAGUUGGAAGCCCAAACAAAGCAAAAAAUGGAUGAAGCCAGCAAAUCGGAGGCCAAGUUCCUAAAAAUGAAAGCCUGGUCGAAAUCUCGGAUCAGACAGUUGGAGGAGGAGCUGAAAAAAAGUCAGGCUGGUAUUGCGCCUCCUGAUCUUACUGCUCUGCGAAGUCGAAUUACGGAAUUGGAGGCGGAACGAGAGGAAAACCUUUGGAAGGUGGAGCAGUAUGAGGAGCUCAAAGCAAACCAUGACAUGCUAGAGGCUAAGCUGGUGGUUUAUGAGGAGCAACAGAGGACACUGCAAGCAGACCUGGAGCAGUUUACAAAGAGAGCUACUUCUCAGGCAAGCGAAUCCGGAAGUGCUGAUGAUGCUCAUAGCCAGGUUUUGGAAUGGCAGGAGAUGGUCGACGAGGCCGUGAGUGCCAGGGAUCAGGCCAGGGAAGAGAAGGCUGCCAUGGUCCUUCGCAUUAGCCACAUGGAGGAAGAAAGAGAGGCACUGGCCACUCGGCAGCAGGAGUUGGAGGAGGAACUGGCUCAAGCUCAGGGCCUCAGCCAACACAGGACCAAGAAGCUGGCUGGACCAGACCAAAGAAGCGUGCAGGAGGAUUUUGAAUUUGAUGGAAAAGCCCCAUUCCAGGACUACCACAGCACCUCGGAGAGCACCACUCCAAUGGAAGGAGAAAAUAUGGGAGGUUGGUGGCCUGAGUACAGUACAUCUGGCACAGGUGGUUUGCGGACUGUUGUGGAAGAGCUGGAGCUGGAAAGAAAUCAAUUACAAGAGCAGAUACUGAGCCUAGAAGAGCGCUGUCAAGGUCUUGAAGAUCGUCUACAGCUGCAGGCACGCAUUGAGACCUUACAGGUGACGUUUGAUGUAAAUGAAGAUGAGCAGCCAAACUGCAUCCCUCAGAACGAGACCGAAAAAUUACAGACCCAACUUGCCAGUGUGCGUAGUCAGCAGAAUAGGGAAGCAGAAAAACAUCAGCUGCUGGUUAGCAGUCUCAAUGAACAACUUAAGGGGCUCAGUGACGCACAAGAAUGCCUGGAAAGCUCACUCCUUGAGAAGGAAAACACCUUAGCCAAGACAACGGAAAAACUUGAGCUUAUCAACAGACUCAAAGAAUCUUUGAGUGAAAAAGAGAUUAAGAACAAGGAGAUGUCUGACAAACUCCUUCAGACUGAGCAAAAACUUGAGAGUGUUUCCAAGAAAAGCAGUAUCUCAGAAAAUCGCUGCUCUGAGUUAAAAGCAGAGGUUACUGACCUCACACAGAGGAUGAGUGGGCUGAGAGACAAGAGUCUGAAGCAAGACAUCAUCUUAGACACAUUACAAUCGGAGCUUGACCAAACAAAUGAGGAAUUAGACAAGUUAAACACCUCCCACCUGGAAGAAAGAGCCCAACUUAUUCAUGAUCUUCAAAGUUGUGAGCGGGAGAUUGAUAGUCUAAAAGAAACUCUGUUGGAAAAAGACAAAGUACUCAAUAGCAACAUGUUGGAGUCUACAGAACAAAUUACAUUCCUCAAACAAGAGCUUCGACUCAAAGAAGAAAACAUGGUUCAAGUAGAGAAUGCACUGACAAAAGCACAUCGAGAGGCUGCAAUUCUUCGAGACUCGCAGACUGCAGAUCAGCAAGCCCUUAAUAGUAAGAUGGCCGAGCUUGUUGACAAUCUAAAAGAUGUUGAGAUGGAGUUAGACAAGGCCAAAGAAGAAAACAAAUCUAAAGUAGCAGAGAUGGACCGCCUAAUAAAACAGGCCAAGGAAGAUAAAAAAUCGAUUCAGAACCUCCAAUCUCAGACUCAGAAACAGAUUGUGAGCCAUCACACUCAAAUUUCGGAAGGUGAAGCACUUAUCACUUCUCUAAAGGAACAAUUGAAUUUAGCUACCCAAAAGCAACACGAGUCUGAUGAACUCAUUUUGCAGCUCAAGGAAAUAAAUACAAACAAUGAGAAAAAUAUUCGUCAUAAAGAAGAGACAUAUGAAAAUGAAUUGAAAACUGUCAAGGAUGAAAAGAACAAACUCCUGUCCCAAGUGCAAAAAUUCAAUCAUGACAUAGAGUCCUUGUCCAAAGAAUUAAAGGACCGAGCACAGAGUGAGGACAAUGUUCAACAAGAAAUGGAGAAAUACAAGGAAAUCAUAGCAUCUCUGGAAAACCAAAUGAAGGCAAACGCUGAACAGGCAACGGAUGAGAGACAGAGCUAUAAUGCAGAAUUACAAAUGAGAGAAUCUGAAAAUAAGAAAUUGCGCAAAGAACUUGAUGACGGCAUUGAAAAUAUCUCCAAAAUGAAGGACCUCUUAACACACAUGGAAUCUGAGAAACAGCAGUUGCAAGAAAAGCUUAAAAAUCUCACUGAAAACCUUGAACUCCAGAAUCUGAAUGGAAACCAACUUAAUGACAAGUUGACAUCUGCUCUUGAACUGAACAACAAUUUAAAGAACCAAGUACAAAACUUAACAAAGGAAAAUGAAAAACUUGGGCUGGAAGUAGCUGAAAGGGUAGCAACAAUAUCAGAAAUGGCAUUUGAAAGAGAUUCUUUGCAUGCCAAAUUAUCCACAUUGGAAUCGCAACAUUUACAAAACAACAAUAUGAUUCACGAAUUAGAAAAAAAUAAAGAAGAUUUAAUUUUACAAGCUAGCGAUUUAAAAAGACGUUUUGAGCAAAGCAAACUCUCAAAUGACAAGGUUGUCCUGGCCAAAACAAAUGAGUGUAGUCAUCUCAAACAGUUACUUAGGGAGAAAGAGGAUGCCAUCACACAAUUGCAAGGGCAGUUACAGAGCUCCAGUUCUGGCCCAGAUGAGUUGCGUGUGACAGUAGGAAAAAAAGAGCAGUUUGCCUCCGAUCUUCAAGCAGAAAUGGAGGCUCAAAGAAGUGAGCAAAUGCAGCUUAAAGAAACAUUGUCUCUUCUUCAAGAACAGGGUUGCAGUCUGAAAUCUGGGCUAUUGGAGAAGGAUACAACUUUGAAGGAAAAACAGGAAGAGUGUCACCGGUUGCGGGAUGAAAUAAUUUCCCAUAAGAAUUAUGUAUCUGAGCUCCAAGUGGAAUUGGAAUCACUGAAUUCCGAACGCUCUCAGCUUUGGAAGGAUCUGGAAGAAAGAGAAAGGAUGAUGGAUAAUAUGGCUCACCAGUGCCAAAAACACAAAGAUGACUUUGAUAGUGUGAACAAGACUGUGAAAGCUCUAAAAAAUGAAAUGGAAGAAAAGUCCAAAAAACUCAAAUCCGAAGCAGACUCCAGUGAAACCGAGCUGAGAACCCUUAAAGCUGAAAUGCAGACAAUCGCGGAGGAAAACCAUCAACUUCACUCAGUUUUCAAAUCUAGAGAAAAGGAGCUUGAUGAGAAAAUACAAAUUGUUACAAACCUUGACAGACAGCUUAAAGUCACUCUUGAGCAGAACUCCAGUUUUAGCUUGACUAUAACUAGUCUUACAGAAGAGAAUGAACGACUACAAAAGGAGUUGGCACACAACAUUUCAUUGGCUUUGGAAGUAAAAACUGAGACUAAUCUGCUCAAAGAAGAGAAAUUUAAACUUGAGGUACAAGUUACAAAUGAUGCGAAGAUAAUUAAUACUCUUCUGAAUGAAAAAAAUGAGCUUAUUGGUUCCAUAAGUAAUGCAAAGCAGGUCCUCCAGGAAAAGGAAAUGUCAAACAAAGAAUACUUGCUUGAGAAAACAAAUGAAUGUAGUGCGCUUUCUGAAACACUGAGUGAAAGGGAACAGCAGAUUCAAACAUUGCAAGAGCAAGUGAAUGACCUAAAAAAUCAAAUUAGUCAGUUAAACCUCUCAAUGGUUGAGAAAGAAGACAUUUUGUUCAAAAAGAAAUCUCUCUUGGAGGCCCAGCAGGUCCAACAACUGCAGUUACAGGACACAAUAUCCAUGCUUCAAGAACAGGGGUCUGUCCUAAAGACGGGGCUAAUGGAGAAGGACACAAUGUUUCAGCAGAAAUCAGAUGAGUGUCUUUUUCAUCAGAAUGAAGUUAAGCUGCAGAAGGACCUCGUGUUGCAGAUGCAACGCGAGGUUGAGUCAGUCAGGCAGGAAUGCUUCGAGGCAAAGCAACAGUUAGAACAAAAGGAACACAUGUUACAAGAUGUAACGAGUGAUUUUGAAAACCAGAAAGAAGAGCUCAGUAAACGCAGUCAAUGCGUGACUAAACUUGAGAGUCAACUUCUAGCCGUGAACAACAACUUAGCAGAAAUGCAGAUUACAAUUGCCACCCUAAAGGAUUCUGUACAGACGAUCACUUUAGAAAAUUCUCGACUCAAACAAGAGAAUGAACAUAUCAAAGCAGAGGUCAUUGAUUUUAAAGAUGCCAUUCAAGCACUAAAUGAUCAGAAUGUAAGAUUGAAAUCUGAGCUUCAGAAAUCUUUUGUUGAGCUUUCCAAAUCACAGGAAGCACUUGCUCACCUAAAAACUGCAGUUAAUGAGAGCGAACUCCAACUCAAAACUGCGCGGUCAGAGAAGGACUGUCUUAGUUUAACCGUCCAAGGAAAAGAUCACUCCCUGAAAGAACUUGAAGGAAGGAUUUUUGAGCAGGAGGAGCAGCUGAAACGGAAAGAUAAUGAAACAUUUAGUUUAAGGGUUCAAGUUACAGAGCUUGGAGAUUCUGUUUGCAAACUUACAGAUCAAGUUCAAACUCUUACUUCAGAGUCAACAACAUUAAAAGACAUAUUGGAGCGAAAAGAGCAGUCCAGUCUUGAAGAUCAACGAAAUGUCACGCUUGCGAAUGAAACUUUGAACGUUAACCUAAAAAACAAAGAAAAAGAGUGUGAAAUCCUAAAAGCACAAAUUUCACACCUUGAAGAAAAUUCUUGCAAGAUCAACAGUACUCUCCAAAUGCAAAUAGUAGAAACAAAAAAUCUCAAAAAGGCCUUGGAAGAACGAGACUGUAGUCUUAUGGAACAAUCGCAAUCUCUUCAAGAUUUACAGCGAACGGCCGAUGAGUUGUUGCUCUUCAAAACUCAUUUCAUGGAAAGCACAGAGUUAGUGUCACAGUUACAAAGUGAAAUGCAAAUGCUGUCCUCUGACGUUUCCAAACACAAAAUGUCAGCUGAGGAAAAGCAAAAUGCCCUCAUUGACUUGCAAGAAAAAUACGCCGCCAAUUUGGAGGAUUUGCAGGAUCUGAGAAAGCAAUUGUCCCAAAGGACCGACGAAGUGUUGACCCUUCAGACCCUAUCAGAUGAACGCGACACAGCAAAGACCACGAUAGAAACUUUGAGAGAAGAGCUGUCUGCAAUCCAACGUGAACUCGAGAAGACACAGAACCUGUAUUCCCAGCUGUCAAAGGAAAAGGAUGACGCGUUUGCCUCACAUCAAACAAGUGUCUAUCCAAUGAAAGUUGAAAUAGCAAGACUAAAAGCUCAACAUCUUCAAGUUGUGGCGCAGAUGAACACAUUGACAGAAAACCUGGAGCAGAGAGAAAUGUCUUUACAUGCUAUUAACAAUCAGUACACAGCCCAAGCCAAACAUACAUCUCACCUGAUUUCUGAAAUGCAGAAACUUGACUUGCAAAACAAGAAGCUUCAUGAAGAGAUUAAUUUGGCCAAGGAAGAGUAUCAGAGCUCUCUCACAGCCGUCAACAAUGAAAAUACACGCUUAGUCGAGGAUAUUAGAAAACAUCUUGCAGAGAAGGAAGAGCUGGAGAGGCGACAUCAUCAAAUUUGCGAGUCCCAGGGGGAGCUCAAGGUUCAGUUGGAGCAGCAGACCAGCAGCAUGAGUGAAAGCAUCCAGCAAAUGGUGUGCGACAAGGAGAGCCUUCAAACAAAGGUUAGUGCUCAAGAUGAGGAAAUUUCUCGAUUAAAAGGUAGCAUCCAUAAAAUGGAGCAAAUUCUACAGGACACUGAAAAAGAGUGGCUCCUCGUUCUAGACAGAGAAAAACAUGCUAAGACCUUACUGGUAGAACAGUUGAGUAAGGUUGAAAAGGAAAUUGCAUCUAAAGACGAUAAGGUGAAUGUUUUAAAACAGGACCUAGACAGUUUACAAGAAAAACUGGCUGAAGCAUUCUCCGCUAUUAGCAAAGGUUCUGACCUGCUCAGUGCAAAAGAGUUUGAGGCAUCAACAUCUAGGGUGCGACUUGAAAAGGUCAUGGCAUUAGUCAAGGAAAAGGAUAAUGAGACGGAAAAUUUGCAACAGACUCUUAAGGCUGCAGAAUGGGAGGUAGAACAACUUGCAGCAAAAUUCAGUGGUGCUGAAGCCCGUGUCUUCGCUCCUUCACGUGAGGACACAUCACAUUUACUUCAAUUAAUAAAACAAGUUGAGGCAAGUCAUUACUCUGAGAUAGAUGCUUUGAAAAAUAAGUUGGAUAGUACAGGAGCAGAUUUUGAAAAAAUGCCAAAUUCAAUUGAUCAAGAAAACAAGAGUCAUUUAAAAAAAAGGCAAGAAAUUUCCCUUUUACAGGAGAAAAUCGAGAAUUUACAAAGUCAGCUGAAGAGUGAGACACAAAAAGUGACAGAAGCUUCUCUUGAACACUCGUCUUUACAUGGCGAACUUAAAACAAAAGAUGAUCACAUCAACUCAAUGACCAUUCAGAUAAGUCAUCAAAAGAAGUUACUUGUUGGGCUCAGUCAGCAGUUAAAAGAAAAGGAUGCAUCCAUUUCCCAAAUCGUGGAGUCUGCUUUAAAUGAAAGAGUGAAACUUGAUGGGGAAAACGCUUAUCUAUCAAAACAACUCGCCAUGAUUCAACAAGAUUACCACACAUCCGCUAGGCAGUCUAACGAGAUUUCUCUGCCGCUAGAGGAACGUAAUUCAUGUUCCCUAAGCGAGAAUGAAACUCAGACUUCAGAAAAGCUUGGGCUGCUUCAAGAAAACACUGACCUAAAAUGUGAGAUUGCAAGGAUUUCUAAAGACAAUGAUAUAAUCAAGAAAAAAUUUAAAGCCUCUCUUCUUGUUCGAAAGGAGCUGUUGAAAAAAGUGGAGGAGUUUGAAAAAAAAUAUGCCGGUGUCAACAAUGAUCAUGAUGUUUCACGUUUACAAGAAAAACUUGUGGAAGCAACAACACAAGCGCAGUCUGCCACAGAACUGUAUGAGGAAAGGAUUGCUCUUCUGGAAAAGGAAUGCCUCGAUAAAGAACGGGAGAUCCAUUAUCACAAAAUGCAAACGGAAAAACUUGCUGAACAGCUGGAAUCUGAAACAAAGGUUUUACAAUCGACAGUGAGUGAAAAAGAAAGUUGCCUGGCAGAAAUGUUGCAGCAACUCAAUGAGAAAAGCAUCCUAAUCCACCAGCUUCAGGCAAGGGCUGCCGAGCAAGAAGAUAGUUUUGAACGAGAUAAGAAGAGCCUAAUGAAAAAUGUGGAAGAGCUUCAGAAUAAAAUCACAGGAUGUACAGAUCAAUCUAAUGAUGCUUUCUCCGUUGAUAAUGCUGAUGUGUUAGAGAACGAGCAGACACAAAUGAAGCAAGAAAAGACAAUGCUUGAGAACAAGACCCAGGCUGCAUCACUUGCACGACAAGAGACGCUGCCGAACGCUGAAGACACUGAAAAACAAUCAACCAAAAGGUUCAAUGAACUGAAAAAUGAAUAUAAUGCACUCUUGGAGCAACACUGUCAGCAGACAAAUGACUUCACUGCCAUCCAGUUAAAAUAUAAUCAGAGUCUUGCGGAACUGGAACAACUCCAGAGAACCUCAUUGUCUAAUUUAGAUGAACUGAAAAUUUUAAGACACCUCGUUCAAGAGAGGGAUGCGACUGUGCAAUAUUUAAAGACUUCCCUGGCCGAAAGAGAAAGAGAUUGCCAUCCUUUAUCAAAAUUGCCAAAACAAUUGGAAAUUCAAGACAAGGCUCUCACCUUAAUGGAGGAAAGCGCAGAAGCGUUGGCCUCAAAUCUCCAAACUCAGAGUGCAAUAAAAGAAGAGAAAGUGUUGGUUGAGAAAUCCGAAGAAAAAUUUAAAGGUGUUGAGGUCGUGUUCAAACAGGAGAAGCAAGGUCAGCUGAAAACAAAUGGUGAAAAGUGUCAAGACACAAUGGAAAAAAAUAAGACUCAUUUGGAUCAAGUGUUAACUCUUCAGAGUGUUUUGACAGAGACACAGCAACUGCUGUGUGAGAAGGAAGACAGUUUCACUAAGAUGCUUGGAAAAGCACAGUUGGACUGUACUGAAAAAGUAACAGAUAUGGUCUCAUUGAAGCAAGACAAUGAAAAUGCCUUGAGAAUAAUGAAUGACCUCAGGACAGAGUUAGGUAGACUUCAUGCACAGCUUAACCAGUGCCACCAUUUCAAAGAGCUGAGGAACAAGGAAGAACAUGUGAAGGAAGAGGAGUUAAGCUCUGCGAAUAGAUGGGCUGAAGACAUGAAAACAGCUCAGAAACCUCAGGAUGCUAAGUCCGCAAUGUCAGAAAAGGAUGAGCUGAUCGCUGCACUUCAGUUGCAGUUGCAGCAGCUUAGUUCGGACCAUGAAGCUUCCAUUACGAAGAUGAAACGAGAAAUCGACCAUCUUCAUAAAUCGCAAGAUUGUGGCAAAGUCAGUGAUGAGGACAGCCAUUAUAAAAUGACCCUCCUAACGAAGAAACUUCAAGCAGCUUUAGUCUCAAGGAAAGAACUCAUGAAGGAAAAUGCAUCUUUGAAAGAGCAAGUUGGAAAUCUGUCAGCAAACAUCAACACAAAGGAAGCUGAAUGUCUUGCCCUAGAAUCCUCAUUUUCAAGACUAAAACAACAUAAUGUUGACCUGGAAAUCAAUAUGAAAUGUAUUAAUACUGAUAAAGAGAAGCUUAGAUCGGAAGUUGAUCGUAUCUCUCAUGAGAAUUGUUGUCUAGCAGACGCAUGUGAAAGCUUGAAGCAAACCAUAGAGAAUAUCACCCAGCAGAAGCAAGCGUUUUCCUGCCAGCUGGAAUCUCUGAAAGACUCUCAGACAGAGGAGCUGACCAAAUGGAAAUCAAGGCAUUCAGAACUUAAGCAAGACUAUGAGACCCUUUUACAAGCAUAUGAGAAUGUAGGCACACAAAUGGACAAGAUGAGACAACUUUUGGAAGGGGCCAAAAGCGAUCGACAGGAAGCCCUGAGAAAAUUGCACAAAUCUGAUACAGAGAUGGAAAUUCUGCAGGGCCAAGCGAAGCAAGUGGAGGAGGAACACGAAAGACUGAAAGAGAAACUGCAGACUUUUUCAGAAGAAAAACAACACACGAUUGAGGGUCUGCAGCAAGCCAAUGAUAGCAUUAAAAAAGAACUGGCUGAGAUCAAUGAAGCCCACAGAAUGGCAAUAUGUGAGCUGACAAAGACAAAUCAACACUGCGAGACCGAAAUUCUACAAUUCAAGUCAGCAUUGGAGGCUUGUAAAGAACAGAUUGCAGAUAUGCAGGUUAAAAACAGAGAACUGACUGAAAAGCUUCAAACUAGUCAUUCAUUCGAAAAACGGUGCAUGGAAUCGAGCUCUUAUAGAAUGAGCAUGCAGCAUAAACUUGAUGAGACACCAAGUGUGAAUGGUUCAUUGACCGCCCAGAUUGAGUCCAAGGAGGCUGAAUUUAAUGCUCAACUCGAAAGCUGUCAUGUUUUGCAGAAAGAAAUUAAAUCUCUUUCGGAAAGAAUUGAAAAACUACACAAUGAUCAUGAAAUGCAGCUGCGCCUAAAAGACGAUGCCAUUCAUGAUCUUAAAGAUAAGAUGAAGCUGCACAACCAAGAAACUAUCAGUCUCAAUGAGAAGGUUAGAAUAUUAGAGGAUGAUAAGUGUCUUCUGCAAGAGGAGCUAGAAAAUGUUCAAGAGUCUUCAGACAAGGUAAAAAAUGAAAAUGAGUACCUGGAAACCGUGGUCCUCAACAAUUCUAAAAAAAUCGAUGCCCUUUCUGAAUCCAUCAGUGUUUUGCAAGCCCAAAACUUGCAGCUGUCUUCUCAGCUUACAAUUAGCAAGGAGAUAAAUGACACACUUCGCCAAGAAAAAGAGCAUGGGCAUCUUAAAUUAGUCCGAGACUUUGAGAAUAAGCUCAAGGCUAUGCAGCGAGGUGAGGAAGGGUCCAAGAUCACCAAUAAAGAGCUGCAAGAGCUUCUGAAAGAAAAACAUCAAGAAAUAAAUCAGUUGCAACAAAACUGCAUUAAAUACCAAGAGCACAUUUUGCAUUUGGAGAGCUCUUUGAAAACCUCAGAGUUUUCCUGUGAAAACUUGAAAAAAGAUUUGAAUAAAUGCUCUGAUAAAAUCUCUGUUGUUGAAGAGCAAAACAAACAAGUUGAAGCCAAUUUGAUCACGUGCAAGACUCACAUCCAGGUGGCCACAGAGAGAAUUGGAAAACUUCAGUUGGAAAGAGACCACCUUAAACUCUCUCUUGAAAAUGUUAGAUCCGAAAAGAAAACCAAAUUAAAGGAAUCUCCCGUCGAAAAAGAAUUCAACUCAUUUAAUGACAAUGACAUGAUGUUGCAGAAACAGAUCGAUGAUCUCAAGAAUUUGAAUGAUGAAGAGUGUCAGAAAGUCACUGAGCUAACGCAACAAAUGGACUCUCAAGAUCUGAAGAUGAAGUUUCUAAAGCGAGCGUUGGAGACUAAUGAAGCAAAACUGUCUGCUUUGUCAUCCACGCCUCACGGGGCAAACGCUGCAAAACGUUGGAAUGAUUUGUACCUCAACGCCUUGCUGGAGAAAGAUAACCAGCUCACCGAACAAGGUUCAGCCAUGAAAAGAUUGCUAGAGGAUAUGAGGGUGAGCGAAAAAGAGCUGAAUGAUCUCCGAUCAACCAAAUCGAGACUGGAGAGUGCCGUAAGCAUGUAUUCAGUUGCUUCUGCUGCUCAUCAUAGGCAGAUCUUGGUUCUGAGUGCGAGCAACGCGGAUCUCUCUGAGACUGUCGAACGUUUGACCGUGCAAGUAAAUGAACUCGGUGCUCAAGUUAAGAAGGUGGAACAAGACCGAACCACUCUUGAAAUACAGGUUGCUGACCAAGAAGAUGAGAUUUCACGUUUACAUCUUCAUUGCAAUUUGACAGAAAAGAUAAAUGCUGACUUAGACUCACUGCUACUUGUUUUGCGGGCUGAGAAUGACAAAACAAAGGCCGAAUUUGAGACCCAAAGGGGAAUUUCCCUUCAAUUGAAAACCCUACUCCAAAGCAAAGAUGCUGAGAUCUCCUUUCUUUUGUCCUGUCGGGAUGACCACAUGUCAGGAUAUCUUCAGCAGCUUCAGACUAAUUGUCACUCCCAAGAAGCUGUCUAUAAGGACAGGUUAAGAACUUUACAAUACCAAAGAGAAAAGGCCGAUAAAGAGUUCAGAGAAUGUGAGGCCACAGUCAGAAGUCUGCAAAUUAGCUUGAACAGGUCAAUGCAGGAAAAAGAGCAGAUGUCAGCUAAGAUGGAAGUGGUCAAGAAGUCAUUUGUGUCUUUACAGAGGGAAAAAGAGCAACUGAUGUCCGAACACAGAAUACUUGAGGCAAAGAGCCAUGCAGAACUUAAAAGUGUAGAAUACUCGCCUGACAAUGAAGGUGGUGCAACCAAAGGCCUGAAACAUGAAAUUAAGAAAUUAUUACAUCAGAUGGAUGACCUAAAUUCAGAGAACGCUAUGCUCAGGGCCCAACUCAUUAGGUACAGAGAGGAUUUGAAUCAAGUUUUAUCCUUAAAAGACAAUCAGUUAAAAGUGUUGCUAAAAAAGCAGGAGGAUGUAAUAAAAAAUCUUGAAAAGCAAAAGACUGCAGCUGAAAAAGAUCACACAGAAGCUCUGUCAGUUCUCCAAAACGAAAUAGAGGUCAGGAAGGUGGAUUUUUCUACACUUAGAGCGCAGGUGACAAAACUGCAAAGUGAUGGAGUGAGUCAGAAGGCUACAACUGAGGGCAAAGUGGUUGCAAAGUGGACUAAAACAGCCGAAUGUAUUGAUCUUCAGCAAAAACUUCUAUCUCAGGAAACCCAAAUUCAUGACUUGACGAAACAAAUGGAGCGGCUUGAAACUAAAACUGACAAAAAACUAGCUAAUUCAGAUGACCAACACAAUACUGAAUGGGCUGCCUGUGAACGUGAGACGGUGCUAAUGAGGACUGAGAAAGAGAGGUUUGAACAAAGGGUCACAGCAAAAGGCCUAUUGGAAACGGAGCAACAGUUGUUGGAGGCCCAAAGGCAAAACGGAGAAACAAAGGCUCAAAAUGAGUCCCUUUGCAAAGCCAUGGCAGCCUUGCAGAAUGACCGCGACCAGCUCAUUGAAGACUUCAAGGUCUUGCGAAACAGGUAUGAUGAAGAGCUCAGGGAGACUCAGGCAGCUCUGAACAAAGUUCAGCGCGGUUUCCAGGAUGCUACAUCUGAUGUGGAGAUGUUUACCAAAGAAAGGGUGAUCCUUCUUGACCAAUUACGAGCUUUGGAGAGCAAAAACACUCAUGCGGAGCUCAACAAGUUGCUGGGCGAGCUAAGAAAAACUCUGUCAGCGAAGGAAAAGCAACUGAAACAGGUUGACCUGGAAAAUUCCACCUACAGCAGGCAGCUCUCUGCAUUCUCCAAAUCCAUGGCCAGCCUCCAAAAUGAUCGUGACAGGCUGGUUGAUGAAUUGGCAGAGGCCACGAGAGUGAUUGAAUCCAGGCAAUGGUCAGGCCUGAAAACUGUCAGUACCAUGAGUGAGAAAAAGUCAAAAGGAAGUGCUUCCCAGAUUGAAAAACAUGGGGCGAUGAAUGAGCUGCGGCCUCGACUGACACCAGACGUAGAAGCCAGUAGUUUGCCAAAUGAAACAACUGUUCUAAGGUCUGAAAGAGGCACAGAACUGGUUGAGGAAACGGUGAAUCCGGUAGGCCAGAGUGAAAUGGAAAAGGCGGUGAGUCGACUGGAGGUGGAGAGAGUCCAUCUGCACAGAGAGCUGCAGCGCUGUUUGUAUGACAUCCAGCAGCGAGACCAGUGCUUUCAGCAACUUAACUCAAAGCUACAGCAGGCGGUGGAGGAAAAGGCCGCUGUGGCUGCUCAGCUACUUGCCGUGUCCCAAACCCUGAGGGACACCCAAAAUCAAUGCCACUGGCUGGAAAUGCAAGGCCAGGCCCAGGGUUCAGACAAUUUAGAGGUGGCUCCCGGAGGUCCUCAGGAAAGGAACAACACAGUUGCUCAAACAAUUGAAGUCAGCCAGCUCCAAGAAAGGCUACUUGAGGUAGAGCGGAGUCUGGCAGAUGAACGGUGCCGAAGGGAGUCUGCCGAAGAGACUUUGCAUCUUGCCCAGGCCAGCACAAAGAGCAUCAGUUCAAGACUGCCUCAAGAUAUUCGGAGAGACUUCAGCAGUAUCGAGAUGGAAGCAGAUGACGAGUGCGAAGCUGUGAGCCUCAACCCAAACCAGCCUCUGAUAACACGGAAGGUGAAAGGUGGGAUGCUGGCAUGCAGACGUUGGUUCAGAGGAAGAAGCCUGUACUUUUCCCGGCUGCUGACGGGCCGUGCACGCUCACGUUACUUCUUUCUUGCUUACUUGGUUACAAUUCACCUGCUUGUCCUAAUGUGCCUUACCGGUGCCCUCUGAAAAGGUAAUCAACAAGUUGGACGUUGGUCCAAAGGUUAAAAUCAACAGCUGACUAGAUAAUAAUUUACGUGUAUAUUACACACUCCCAACUCGACAUGCUUUAUAAAACACUGGCACUGUCAGGUAACCGGGAUGUUCAUCCUUGGGAGAGUCAAUUGUCAUUUUUGCUGAACAGAUUUGGUUGUAGCUGUACAAAUUGCACGGUGUGAAUCACAUAAUCUGUAAAUUCGGUUUGCCGCACAAGGCCUUAAAGGAGUGAUAAUAGCCUAUCCAGAACCAUAUGAAAAUAAGGACUAGGAGAGAAGCCUUGGAUGUGAAGUCUUCACGAAAUCCCACGAACAAGAAGAAAGCCAUCUCUGUUAUGUUCCUCAAUACAGGAAAUCUAAACUCACAUCCUGAUUUCACUGUCAACAACAACACAUUCACGCUUCUUGUGGUUGUUUCCUUUCGACAAAUGUUGGUACAAUUUCUCCUUGCGGUCUAAAACAUUGCACGUAAUCCAUAUGCUGACUAAAUCUAUGCACUGUAACUGCACCUGGGUUUUUCAUUAUCUCAAUGACAGACACGCGAAAUCCGAACACUGAGAUCAGUAGGAUGCUUCAUUUCAUAUCCUGUGUUAUUGUAAAUCAACGCAAAAAACACUCUUGAGGGUUUUUGUUCCUAUUUAUGGACAUCACAGAUAUAUUAUUCUGCCCAAUCUACUGAUUUUUUAUAUAUAUAUAUAUAUAUAUAUAUAUAUAUAUAUAUAUAUAUAUAUCUGAUCUGUGAAAUGUCACAAUGGUCACGUGCUCUGUAUAUACAGAUGUGAGGAGUAAACAGAACGUAUUUAUGAAAGAUUACACUACUGAAAAAUGUGCAGUUACUUCCACGGUUUUCAAGAGUUUGUGAUAUUGUCGACCUUGAUGACGUGAAGCUCUGCACUUGGUGCAAUACUCUGUUUCUCUGAACUAUUUUCAGAUCACCGUAUCUAAAGAGAAGAAUAAAAGCCAGUUGAUUUUC